AUGUCACCAGAGAAUGAAGAACUCACAGCCUUCCGUACUCCAAAAGGAAUUUAUUGUUACAAGGUGAUGCCAUUUGGUCUUAAGAAUGCAAGUGCGACCUAUCAAGAUGCAAUGCAAAAAAUCUUUGGCGACAUACUUCACAAGAAUGUCGAGUGCUACGUUGGUGAUCUGGUGAUCAAGUCACAAAGAAGAGAAGAUCACUUGAAAGACCUGAGAAUGGUGUUCAACAGAUUGUGGAAAUACCAACUCAAGAUGAACCGUUUGAAGUGUGCUUUCUGCGUCAUGUCAGGUAAAUUUCUGGGUUUUAUUGUUAAGCACCGAGGCAUUGAAGUAGAUCAAUCUAAGAUUAAGGGCUCAUUUGGGAGUGCUUUUGGAGCAGCAAAAAGCACUUCUAAAUGGGUGAAAGCGCUUUUGUCUUUUAAAAAUGGUGUUUGGCAAAAAUUGCAAAAGCGCUUUGGGUGA